GGUUAAACCUACUUUGCUGAGUCUGAGGAAAAGCGGAACCUUGCCUGCUGUUGUAUAUUGUCAGCUAAGCACAAGCUAGACAUGUUGUUAGCCAUCUUAGUAAACGCGUUUAAACAACAUUGCCUCAACGACAGGUAUCACCCAUGUGUGAUGUUUAAGUAGUACCAUUUGCACGGACGCAUCAUCUGAUAAAAUGAAAACGGAGCCAAAUUCGAGUUGGGCCUAACCCUUCCAACCCGUGGGAGAGAGCAGCAGUGCCUUCUUCCUUCUCCCCCACCGUCAACCCCUCUUCCCUGACACCAACCCCCCCACACACACACACCCCGGACCUGCGUGCCACUUCCGUAACCAUGACAACGGGGGAAUGCUGUCACCUGCCCGGCUCCCUGUGCGACUGCGCCGGGCAGGCCGCCCUGUCCAAGGGCGUGGAGGAGGUGUGCGGCGACGGCCAGGCCGCCCAGUACUUCACACAGGUCACCGCCAAAGAUGGCCGUCUGCCGUCCACCGUCCUCAAACCUCCGGUCUCACAGAGCGACGGCCCCAUCUGCCGCAUCUGCCACGAGUGCGGCGCCGGCGAGAGCCUCCUGUCCCCCUGUGACUGCACGGGCACCCUGGGCGCCGUGCACAAGAGCUGCCUGGAGCGCUGGCUCUCCGCCUCCAACACCAGCUACUGCGAGCUCUGCCACACGGAGUUCACCAUCGAGCGCCGGCCCCGCCCCCUCACAGAGUGGCUGCGGGACCCCGGCCCCCGGAACGAGAAGAGGACCCUGUUCUGUGACAUGGUGUGCUUCCUCUUCAUCACACCCCUGGCGGCCAUCUCGGGCUGGCUGUGCCUGAGGGGCGCUCAGGACCACCUUCAGCUGGAGAGCCGGCUGGAGGCGGUGGGCCUCAUCGCCCUCACCAUCGCCCUCUUCACCAUCUACAUCCUCUGGACUCUCGUGUCCUUCCGCUACCACUGCCAGCUUUACUCUGAAUGGAGGAGAACCAAUCAGAGAGUACGACUGCUGCUCCCCGACGCCAAGGGCUCCCACACUACCCAGCAUUCCCUGGUGUCGACCAAACUAUUGAAGUCUGCAGACGAGAGCAUCGUGUGAGAUUGAGUGGAGAGAGCGCAGGUAAUGUCGCUAUGGUAACGCCUGAGGCUUUUGAGAGAGAAAUCCCCGAUGGACUUUUAACAAAAAGCACUCGUGGAUACGUGUAAUACUAUUUCAUCGAUUCAUCGAUUCCAUCAGCACUUUUUUUUUUUGUACAUGCUGUUUUUCAUUGAGUUCAUUGUUGCCCGCAACACUUUCUCUGUCAAACUCUCUGGCCCUUUACUACAGCGUUUGCUGAGGCACUGAAUAAUGCUCACCAACACUUACAGGACUUGCAAACACAAAGAGCCUAGGGCCUGUCUAAUCUAAUUAUUUUCAGUAAUCAACCAUCAAAAAGAUUUCCUUAAAUAUAUGAUGUUUAAAGUUUGUGAUUUGGCCCUUCAUUAGACUACACAGGAAAAAACCCGGCCACACCAAAACGUCUCUGAUUCAUUCUGAGGGAUAAAACCUUGGUACUUCCCUAAAUCUCAUCGGAAUAUGUCAAUCCCUUUUCUUUGGGAUGAGACUAUAAAUUCAUGUCCAGGCCUCAGAAGGCGUUUCUGAGGCCAGACAAUAAAGCACUGAGCUGGACGGUUCUCAACGUGAUGUCCUGUUGAAGAGGCGCUUCUGAGGCCAGACAAUAAAGCACUGAGCUGGAUGGUUCUCAACGUGAUGUCCUGUUGAAGAGGCGCUUCUAGGCACGGCCUCUCACCCCUACUCACUGGUUUCCGCUAUUAUCUAGUCGUUUUCUAUUUUAUUUAUUAUUUUAUACCAACUAGGGCUGAGAGGAGAAUCCUUCUUGAGCAUUUAUUAUGCUUGCGCGGGCCACCAAAGUGCCACAGCUGUGACACGUUGGUGUCAAAGUGUUUUGAUGUGCUUUCACAGUACUAACAGAGGAAUUAUACACAUUUGACAAGACUGUUGAUUAGCUCCUAUUACGUGUGGCAGCAGUUGCUCAUUGUGUAAAGUGGUUUAUAUUUCUAUGUAAGGGACUUGAUCAAUCCCAACCAGCUCUGUCUGAUUCCAGCACAUAGCCUUCAUCUAUCCAGUCAUUGGAUAUUGUGUUGUAAAAAAAAAAAAAGAAGAGAUUUUAUAUUAAUUUGCUGCAGUCUGGUGCUAUUUCUCAUUUCUCGAGAACCAGCGGCUUUUGUUUCUGUUGUAGUACUUUCCAUGUGUUGGAUGGAUUUAAAUUCAUUGGUGACCCUCUGUUGGUGUUUAAGCGUUUAAGUUCUUCCUAAUGUGCCGUUCUUCACUUGAUGUCAUGUUUAUUGUAGUGGUUCAUUCUCAUGAGUGUGUCUAUUAUGUCCCCCGUAGUUUCCAAAGGAACUCGUGUCCAUGAUGCAGCCAGGCCAAACAUUGAGGUUUAUGCACACUGUUCUUAUGUGGUAUUCUUUAUGUAUAUAAAUAAUAUUUUCUGUUUUUUAUUGUAAUCAUGCUUGAACAACAUUUUGCUAAUUUGUAGAUAAGUGAGUCUGACAAUUCCAUUUGUGGAAGAGGUUUGCUGUGGUUACUGCCACCUACAAAUGUAUACUUAUGCAACAAUCGUAUAGUAACUAAAUGGGAGAGGCUUCUUAAUGCAAUUAAUGAGUUAAAAUAACAAAUCAAUGUUUUGAGAAAAGAGAAGAGGUAUUUGGAGAAAUGUCUUGACUGUCAGCAAACAAGUGAUUGCUUAUCCCCUCUCCUUUGCUUUAUAGUGUUGAUGGUCACUUUAAACUUUUUAAAUUAUUAAAUCAAUACGGUACAAGGGAAUUGGGUAUGAGUGAUAAUAUAUUAAUAAUGCGAUUUUAAAUAGGUAUAACCCCAAAGCACAACUCCCUGUUGCACAAACACGGAAACCCAUCCGUAGAUUGAUUCCUGUGUUUGGCCAACGAGGUGAAUGUUGUUGUCAUUCAGAGACGCCCCCAGCGGGGUUCUGUCUGCGUGGUUGGUCUGAGUCAAUCAGCUAUGAGUUUACUGUGAUCAGCCACUGGUUAGGGACGCAUCCUAUUAGGACCUUGCAUUGCGACAAUACCUGCAUCUAUAAAAAGUGCUGUUUGCAGAUUCUCUAUACGGGUUAGCCUAUACGACACUUGAACGUAAAGAUUGUAUAGAGGGCAUCUACUUAUUGUACAACAAGGAGCAGAACACCAAGUUGCUCACACAAGAGAGCUAAACUAAGUCUCUCGUCUGCAGUGGGCUGUGUAUACAGGUUGUCUGCAAUAUAUGCAAACUACCAUCUCUCAAGGGGCCGUAGACCUGCUUUCUCAUUUCUAUUUCUAUUGCAAUUGGAAAAAAAUAGUCAUGGGUUGUAUUCUGUCCAAAGAACCGUUGAGUCAUGUUUUUUUUAAACACAGUGUGUGGCACUCGGACUCCAACGCUGUGGAGAUAACCAGUAGGAGCAUCCUUUGAAUUUCCAACUAAGAAAUCGGGAUUUCAAAUUAUAAUUUUGUCCAUCACAGGGAACAUGUUUUUUUGUGUGUGAUAUUUGAAUUUGAAUAUUUGUACAUCUGUUUUUAUGGGGGCGGGGGAGUUAUCAAUGUAUCCAUUUGUAAUUUAUGUUUGAAAUUAUUCAUGUUAAUAAGUAUUAUGAUGUGCAGUUAAGAGGGAGUUAAGUCUUCACUAAACUACUGUUAUUUGCAAUUCAACAGAGACAUGUUUGCAACGCAAAUAAAAGACAAUGCUUCAUAA